ACUUAGCUCAAAGAGAAGAGCAAGAAGGGCUUGCAAAAUCAAUGGAGCUCACCUCAGAGAGAAGCUUAGUUGCUGCACUAUCCAAGGAUCAAUUUAUAUUAUCAAUGGAGGUUCUAAGUCACACAAAUCGAAUGGUAACCUUCUAUAUUUUCAAUCUCUCUCAAUCUCAUUAGUCUAAUGUAUUGAUUGUCCUUUUAAGCUCUUUUAUGAGUUCUAAACAGAGGAGGCUUUCUCUCUUAGUCAAGAUCUUGCAAAUAUUUUUGGUAGUGAGAAUAGUACCAACAAAAGGAGAAAAUUGAUGAUCAAUAUUCUAGUUGAGCAAUAACUAACAGUGAAACUAUGGAUCCAUACAUGCGAUACAGAUUAGCCUCUCAAGAUACUGUAGAAUCUUUUACAGACAUGUUGACAAAUGAAAGUAGUGAAAAGAAGACUCGAGGUCCUACACAAAUGCAUAAAAUUUGGGGAAAUCGCGAUGAUGUGAAGAUAAAAAUUACAUGUAAUAGUUUUGGACAGCCACAUGAUGAAAAUGCAGACAAACUUUCAAGCUUUAUUGGAACAAUAGUACGAGAUGGGAAAAAUGCUCCAAUUAAUUAUAAAAAUUGGCAUAAGGUACCUGCUAAAUACAAAUAUGAAAUGUGGAAAAUCGUACAGGAAAAAUUUGACAUUCCUCUUAAUGCUAAGACUUGGACUUUUAGACUGUUUGGUAAAAAGCUUAGAGAGUGGAAAUGUUUUCUUAAAAAUACUUAUUAUUUAGACCACUUAUCAUUUGAGGAGCAAAAAAAAUGCAAGGACAAACGAGUGUAUAGUGAUCAAUGGGAAGAGUUGAUCAAAUAUUGGGCAACAGAUAAUGCAAAGAGAAAAAGUGCUAAAAAUAAGAGUAGUCGUGCAAAAAAAGAAUACAAUCAUACAACUGGCAGAAAGAGUUUUGCACAACUUAGAGCAUUACAGAAACCAGAUGGUGCAAGUACCCCAACACGUGCAACUAUGUUCAAAAUCUGUUAUGCAAAGAAAAAAAAGAGUGUUAUAAGUGAGAAGACAAAAGAGGCUAUGCUACAACUACAAGAAAAACAGCAAUUGAAUGAAGAUGCAUCAAAAGAGAAGACUAUGAAUGAUACUUUUUCUGAAGUCAUGGGCAGAGAAAAGCAUGGAUCAGUACGGAUGUAUGGAUUUGGAGUAUGUCCAUCAGAUGUGUGGAAGGAUAAAUCAACUUGGAAAAGAAAUCAAAAUGAAUAUGUAGAUGUUCUGGAGGCAAAAGUAGAUGAUCUAGAAUCUGAAGUUCAAAAUCUGAAAACUAUUUUGAACAACCAAAACAAUGGCAAUGGCGCAUCUUCACUUCAGGUGCAGGCUAUACAUCAUAGUGAUAAAGCUACAUCUUCACAUCUGGACACAAAUGUUAAUACUGCACUUGCAAAAGAAACUAGAAGUCAAUGGUUCUCAUCUUCACAAUAUGAUACUCCAAUUAUUGAGGUUGGAGAACUAGUCAAUAUUAAGAGUGUUACUAGUGAGCCUGAAACAAUUGCUAUUGGUAUCGUUUGUAGCAAUGAUCCAUCAAAAGAAGUUGGAGGAAAAAAGAUUGGAUCCUCUUUUUUUGAAGUUAUUGUUAAAGUUUCUAUUAAGCCUGAUGAACAAUUGAUUAAACCUUAUGGUCUUUUUAAGACAAUUGGUCAAGUUGUUGGGGCAUCUAUUGCAUGGCCAACGGCAUUUCUGAUUCCGUUGGCAUCAGACAAACCAUUUUAUGAUUCGAUGGUGUGACUAAUUAAUUGUUAUAUAAGUAUUCUAAACUCUUGUAAAUAUUUUUUUUUGUUAAUGUUUAUUUCAAUGUCUUUGUAACUGAAGUUUCAUAAUACUGGUGUUGUUUGUGUUGUAUUUGUUUAUUUUUAUGUUUAUCAAAGAAUACUAUUGUAUUA